AUGGUUCAGCUACUGUCAAAGAAACUAGAUAUCAAGCAAAAGAAGAAACAGGACAAGGAAGAUGAGAGAGUUGAAGUUAAUUUGAGCCAUUCUGAAGGAGAGGAGUAUAGUGAUGGAGAUGGUAAUUCAGUCAUUGUGUUGAAGAAGGCCAGUACCAAAUGUGGUUCUUCAGGUGGCCCCAUGGAUAAGUACUGCAAGCUAACUCUAGAAGAAGUAACUGCUGCAAGGAAGGGCAAAUCUGUUGACAAUAAGGUAUUCCACACAAACACUGUCACACUUCCUAGAUUUGAUUUGAUGCUUGAGGCCAUUGGAGAUUUUGGCAGAAACUUGAGGGGGCCUAGUCCUUAUGAGAUGAGUGGAAAAUUCUUACAGAAAAGGAAAAGAAAAGUGCAAGAGGGCUUGAAGUCUCACCAGGAGUCUUGGGAACUACAUGGUUGUUCAGUAAUGACAGAUGCUUGGACAGACAAAAGGGGCAGAGCUGUUAAGAAAGAUGGGAGAUACAUUUUUGAACUAGUUGAUAGAUGUAUUGAAGAAAUUGGGGUGCAAAAUGUUGUUCAAGUUGUGACUGACAAUGCUAGACCAAAUGAGGCAGCAGCCAGUUUGUUGAAAGCAAAGCAUCCCUCUAUUUUCUGGACUGGUUGUGCUGCACAUACUAUUGAUCUCAUGCUUGAAGACAUAGGAAAGAUGCCACAAGUUGUAGCAACAAUUACCAAAGCAAAAUGCUUGACUGUUUUCUUGUAUGCCCAUACUAGAGUUUUAGACCUUAUGAGGAAGUAUCUCUCUAGAGAUGUGGUGAGAUGUGGUGUCACAAGGUUUGCUACAGCAUAUCUUAACUUGAAGAGUUUGCUUGAAAACAAGAAGCAAUUGCAGAGGCUCUUUAGGGAAGAUGAGCUCAAUGAACUAGGUUACUUGAAGAGUGUCAAAGGGAAGAAAGCACACAAGAUUGUGACAAGUGAAUCUUUUUGGAAGGGUGUUCAAACUGCUGUAAAUUUCUUUGAGCCAUUAGCUGUUGUGUUGAGGAGAAUGGACAGUGAUGUGCCAGCAAUGGGGUUCCUAUAUGGGUAUCUACAAGAGGCUAAGAAUGAGAUAUCUAGGAGGUUCAACAAUGAUAGAAAAAAGUAUGAGGAAGUUUUUCAGUACAUUGGCAAAAGGUGGGACAGCAAGCUGAAAACACCUUUGCAUAGGGCUGGUUACUACUUGAACCCCUUCUACUAUUAUCAAAACAAGAAGGCUAUAGAGGAUAAUGAGUCAUUCAGAGAUGGUGUAAUAACUUGCAUAACAAAGCUUGUUCCAGAUGAAGAUACUCAAGACAAGAUUAUUGAAGAGCUUCAAAGGUUUCAAGAUGCAGAAGGAUCAUUUGGCAAAGAUAUUGCUAAAAGACAGUGCAAAAAUAUUCAUUUUGAUCCAGCUAAGUGGUGGCUCAACCAUGGAAGUAGUGCACCAAACCUCAGAAAGUUAGCUGCUAGAAUUCUAAGUUUGACAUGCAGUUCAUCAGCUUAUGAGAGAUGCUGGAGUUCAUUUGAACAAGUCCACACAAAGAGAAGAAACAGGCUUCUUCAUGACAGAAUGAGGGAUCUUGUCUAUAUCAAGUUCAACUAUAGACUAAGACAAAAGAAAGACAACAAGGAUAAAGAUCCUCUUGAGAAACAUGUGCUUGAUGUUUUAGAAGAUGAAGACAAUGAAUGGAUCACUGGCAUUGAGCCAACAGAGGAAGAUCCAUUGCGGGAGGGAGAAACUGGAGCAUCAUCAUAG